AUGAGCACCCAGGGGCCGACUACCGACAAAGGUCCAAGAACUGGUCUCACGUGCCAGGAAAAUUAUGCCUGUGCUGGUAAUGAUGAGGCUGUGUUUGAGUGUGAUGAGUGCAAUACUGUCCAAUGUCAACGUUGUGAAGAAGUAUUGCAUAAACAAGAAAGACUUCAGAAUCAUGAGCGUACUCGUAUAUCCCUUGGCUAUGUCCCUUUGUGCGCUGUUUGCAAAGGAGCCAAUCCCAGUACCAUGCAGAACAGCACAAAAGAUGCUAAGCAGCGGGCUGCAGUUAGAUGUCUUUCCUGUAAGAUUAACCUCUGUGCCGAAUGUCAAAAGAAUACCCACUCUAGCGGAAACAAGAGAAAGCAUCCUCUGUCCGUCUACCAAGCCUUGAAGAGUCCAGUGCAACAAGAAGUUAAAGGGGACGAGGAGAACCUCAAAAAGAAAAUGACCGAGAAUGCUGUCAGUUUUCUUCUUGUAGAUGAAACGGAACAGAUUCAGGUAUGCUUAUUUUGGAAUCCAUUUUGUUGACCUAAAUAUAGAGAUUUGAAUUGUUGAGCAACGUAUAGGAUGUUCUAAUGUGUUUUUAGUUUCACGUAAUCUGAGAAAAAACAAAAACCCAUAUCCGUUUUCAUAUGUGAGUAUUUUGGCUACUGGUGUCUUUUUAUUCUGGUUGACAUGUUUUAACCUAUUCUGGUCGAGUGAUAUUUCUAGAUAGCCAUAACAUGUGAAUUGACGAUUAAUGGUUCUAAAUAAGUUUAAUCAUUUUUAUCCCCCACUCCCAUGUUUACAUUUUGAUUUGUUGUAUAGCUUAGAAAAGGAAAGAGAGCAGCAAGUUUGGUAGACGGUCAAGUAGGAUUCUGGUGGAAAUCCAUCCGGAAGCACUAGGGACCAAUAUUAAGCCCAUGCUAUCUGUAAGGCAUCGUGUCCUAUAAUCCGUAUUGUUUUGUGAAACUGUAGAUCAACUUGACCAGCCUCUUUCCCGAUUGUCCACAGGGUUCCCUUAAAUAGGCACUUGUGGCCCAACAUUACUCUUCUAUAUAACGCAGCCAUAGCCCAUCCAAGCAGGUCACAUGAGCCUCAGCCACCUCACUCCAUGCAAGCCACUGAGCUGCUACAGUUGAUAUCCAGCCCUUCAGCCAGUCUGGGGACCUGAUGUCCCCCGCACAACAGGGCUCAUAAAACAGUGUGCUUCUCUACACCCCCCUUCCCCUCCCCCCCCUUGCUUAAAUUGGAGGUAAUGGUGAAUUGAGUCUGUCAAAAAGGAUGCAGGGAAAUGCAGCAGCAAGCCAACGACCCUAGAAUCAAGUAUCGGCCUCCAAACAAGUCUUGUGUUCCUUUCCUCAGUGGCUUUAAGCUGCAAACCUAAUGGCGGCAGGGCAAACCUGAGUACAGUUGUGAUGGAUAUGCAAAGUCUGAUAGGACAACAUGGGAGUGGGUCCCUGCUGGGCAGGGGUGAGCGAUGUGUCUGCAUUUAUUCUGGUGGGCAUCAGAUAACAGAUUAAUAACAAAGCCAUAUUAAAUAAUAGUGGUGGAUUUAGGGCAUCAUUCCCAAGUCAGAAUGACCACAUUUUGUAUUCUAAAGCGAUCUGGACUGUAAGAGCUUUUGGACCGUACAUGGUGUAGUAGUCUUUAAAUUCUGUUGUUAUGAUUUCAUUUUGUAUACUGAACAUGAUCUCAAUACAAGAAAGGAUGGUGUAUAAUUCAGGAUUGAUAAAUUCUGAGCGUUAAGACCUGCAGCUGUGGAAAAUAGCCUCUGAACAGCAUUUGAUAUGUUUUUACAUGAAAUAUCUUGUUUAUAUUCUAUUGAAUAUAGCCUUGUGUACAGUUGUGUAACCUUUUUUUUUUUUUUUCUCACUGCUUAAGUUCUGUAAAAUAUCUCUUUGCGAAUCUUUUAUUUGAAAUAAUUUUUAUGAAACUAUGAUCAACCGAUUUCAUAACACAAUCGAAUAGCAGUGUUAUUGUAAUUAGAUUGGGGUUUUCUCAGUAUGAUCCGAUUCCAAAUUUUUUUUGUUUGACAUUAUAAAUUUUUUUUAUUAUUUUGCAUCCAAAUUAUGAGGGUUAGUAAAUAAACAAAAUAAUGUAGUAAUAAAGAUCCAACUAUAUAGAAAAGGAGAAAAAGAAUAAAAAAUAAAAUUCAAAGUGUGACUGUGUAUUGGAGCUAUCAGGGGAAAGGAUAUAUGAGCGAACUUGGGAGGGGUGCUAAUACUGGAGAGGGUUGUUCUUACAUGACAUUAUCUUCCUUUCUAUAUUUGUUUUUUGUAUUUCUUGUCCUAAAGAACUUCAUUGAAAUAUUUAGGGAGUUGUUUGUUUGUGUCUUUUUUGUGAAAUAGAUCUUUAUUGAUACAGCAACUGUGUAUAAUACUGAAUUUCCUACACAAAGGAAAAGUAAUAUUAGAAUCCGUAUAAUCCCAUAACAAUAGAUUAUGAUGACAUAUUAGCCCCGAAUCAUCGGGCCGUAUCCAGUCUGACCUUCAUCUUUGUGGUCUGUUGACUAGGAACCUAUUUAGUUUUGUUUGUCUUUUCAAUGUCUGUUUUCACCUUUAUUUUAAGGUCACGGAUGAGGAUGAAUUCUUGAAGAAACUGGACUGCAAUCCAGAUGACUUGCUGAAAGUUGUCUCCAUUUUUGGAAACACUGGUGAUGGCAAGUCUCAUACCCUCAAUCAUACUUUCUUCUACGGUCGCGAAGUAUUCAAGACUUCUCCUGCCCAAGAGUCAUGCACAGUGGGUGUGUGGGCAGCCUUUGACCCUGUGCACAAGGUGGUGGUGAUCGAUACUGAAGGUCUGCUUGGGACAAAUGUCAAUCUGAGUCAGAGAAUACGUUUGUUACUCAAAGUGUUGGCCAUUUCAGAUCUGGUUAUCUACCGAACUCAUGCAGAUCGUCUGCACAAUGAUCUCUUCAAGUUUCUUGGUGAUGCCUCAGAAGCCUACUUGAAACACUUUACAAAGGAGUUAAAAGCCACUACUGCAAGAUGUGGGUUAGAUGUGCCACUGUCCAUGUUGGGGCCUGGAGUCAUAAUUUUUCAUGAGACUGUUCAUACCAAGCUGCUGGGGUCAGGUGAGUCUUGAGACCACUAUUUUAUAUUUUUCCAGUUCUGUUGUGUUUUUUUUUUUUUUUUUAAUUCUAUUUGAUUAUGUUGUAGAAAAGUGCAGAACAAAUCUUGUGCAAUCUGAUGUAGCUGGAUGUGUAUCUACUCAGCUGUUUAUAACAUGAUUCAAGGCUGUCUCCUGUCCAUGUCGAAUUGCCCAUAGUUGCUUAUAACUUAUAGGAACACUCCGGGAGCCAUAACAAUUUUAAUUGAAAUUAAGUUGUAAAGGUUGAACUGUUCAUGAAUGGUUUUACCCUAAAGAGUGUCCUAACCAUAAAGACACAGUUUUUGUCUGGUGUCUCAAUUUGGGAUCGAAGAAGCAGGUGCACCGCUGAUUUAGCUUCGAGCGGUCAGCCACUGCUCUACGUUAUCAUUGGCUUCCCGUUCAAAAAAAUAAAAAGUAAAUACCGUUUAUACGAAUGGGGAGCUACUGAUUGGCUUAGAGCAUUAGCUGACCGCUCUUGGACAAUCAAAGGAGCCGGUGGCUGUCCCUACUUUUUAUCCUAAUUUGAGACACCGGAUGUCUUUGGGAACAGCUAGGAAUGGUGCUAGAUUGCACGUUCUGUGUUAAACCGUUUAUGAACAGAUUAACCAUUUGAGGUAAGGCAGCUCUUGGCAUCAUACCAACUUAAUUUCAAUAAUACUGUUAUUGUCCUCAAAGUAGUCCUCUUUUAAAGAAUAUGUAAAAACAGGUGCAACUAUAGCCUGCCCCUUUCUCCUAGACCUCAGAUAUAUAAUCUAAUGUAGGGCACACAGUGUGCACCUGAUGCUUGACUCUUGCGCCUUCCAGUGGAGCUUUGUACUAAAUACAGAACUGUGGCUAUGGAUGAGUGUGAGAACCAUCUGCACUGCCCUUUCCACAAAUGUGCUCAGACUCUUCUACAAAACUUUGAAUGAAGGUGUCUGUAAACUGGUAGUUGCAGUGUGGCUGCUGUUGUAGUAUUCAGCGGUUCCACUCAUUCUAUGUUAUGAAUGAUCUCACAGCCCCGGGGCUGAACUCAAUAGGCGUACAAUCAUUAUAUCAUAUGUUAAUUCAUUAUUGUGUCCUUGUGGGAAGGGAGCAUUCCAUUUAUACCAUUAGUUUAGAGUGAAUCCGAUUGGAGACAAUGAAUUAGAUUUAUUAGCUGGUUUGGAAAACCUAAAAGUAAACACCAUGUGGUGUUUGGUUGCUCCACGUGCAGAGCAGCCCCUGCAUGAUCUGCCUUCUGGCAAGGCUUCCUGAUCUUUUUGGCAACCUUGCGACACAUACAGGAGUCCUUGGAAAAUACAGGACCCUAUAAGUGCAGGCUUUUUAUAGCCGUGACAGGUCAUAUUAUUGGGACACAUCAUCUGCUCUUUACAGGUCACACCCCCUUGUGUGAUUUGGUGCAGGGUGAUGAUGCUGUCCAAUAAGAUUUUUGUUCUCCCUAUUUAAACUUUUCCUGUUUCUGGAGAUCAUUGCCCUGUCGUGGUUUAUUCUGCCCGAGAGUGCUUACUGUGAAGUAGUUUUGGUUUUCUCAUUACUGACCCGGCUUUGUAUGACUUUGCUGAUUUCUGGUUCCCUGACUUCGGCUUAUUUUGUUGAGUAUCUCUGUUGUCCUUGACCUUGGCUUCCUGUUUUGACUCUGUAUUUUUCAUCUAGUGCACACGUUAACACGGCCAUUCUAAGGUCCGGUACACGUACCUUCUCUCUUUUUAUUCAAUUAUUCUGGUUACUGUUUCCCUAUAGUGUGUUACCCAAUCUUGACAAGUGAUCACUGAUCCCAAAGAUGUUCAGACUGUUUAAAUACAGAAAGGGCCAAAAGUGUUCCGUCUAUAUGGCCUUACUAAGAGAAGCAGAGUAUGUCCAGUAGGGCUUGCCUUGGAGUUAAGUGUCUGGGUCUGCUGGGGAGUACAAAUUACUUCCUAACUGACCUACAAGCUAUAUAGGUUUAAUUGGGGUGCACUUUACCUUUUAUUCAUGUUUCUAAGGCUUGACAAUUGUCCGCAUUCUUCCAUCCUGUUCUACCCCAUGGAACCAAGGAGACACCCUAAGGGAAAGACGUGAUGGAGGCGAAGGAGCAAUGCGUACUGGGACUAAGAAGAAGAGGGCUACAGGAAGAAUUAAAAAGCUGGCAGUAGUCCUUGGAGUGCCUGAUGUUUAAUAAUGUUCUGUGAUCUACAAUUCUCAUGAUCCACAUAGUCCUGAUUUGGCAUCAUGGAAAUUGCAGUUCACAAACUUAUGCAGUGCUCUGUCUUUAAAGAUUUGGAUUUUUUUUUUUUACUGAAAUUCACAUUUCUCUGUUAGAUUAAAGGCUUCAUUGAGCACUAUACAACGGGUGGGGAGGAAGUGUCAUUCCUAGUUUCACACCAUGGGCUUGUAGGCAUCAGUUCAACCCAGAUGUCCAAUCCCCUGCAUUAACCUUUCCACAACCCCCUGGAAAUCUGGUUACUACUUGUGUGCUGAAAUUGUUACACCAGAGAAAUUGCGUCAUCUACUCAGUUGGUUAUGGCAUUUAAGGUGUAAACUAGUAUUUCAUUUGUGACUCAUUUGGUGUGUGUGUGUGUGUAUAUAUAUAUUUAUUUUACAUUUGGUUUUCUUUGGACUGCUGUACUCUUUCAAACACAGACAUAGGUCAAUAAAAUGUGUUUAAGUUGGGAAUUAAUAACCUGUUACAUUUUCCCCACUUUAUUCUCUGGUUUUUUUAGAUCUGUUUAUAGGCGUUCUCUUAUUUGAGGAGUGAUUGUUUGUUCAUUCUUCAGCCAUCAAAAAUCUACCUUCUCAAAAGCCAACAAAUGUAAACAGGGAGGGUAUCUGAAACUACAUAACUCAAUAAUGAGACAUCUCUUCAUGUCAGAGUAUUGUUAUCCUCCGAGGAUGCCACGUGCCAUACUUCUUCAAUUUGAAAUCAUAAUUACACUCUAUCUGUAUCGCGCUUGGAUAAAUAAUUGCUUAUUGUCAUCUGCUGUCACAUCCUGAGGAAUUAAAAAUUGUGAUACAGUUCUAAGGCCUCAAAUAAAAAAAAUAAAAAAAAUAAAAAAUAAAAAAAAAUAAAAAUAAAUAUAUAUAUAUAUAUAAAAUAUAUAUUAAUUAUUUAUUUUUAACUUUUGGUAGUUUUUCCAAAUGAUUUUAAAAAUAUAUCCAAUAUUUAAAAAAAAAAAAAAAACUUUUAUAUAUAUUUUAUCUAAAUAUUGAGUUAUAUAGUUGCAUAGGCUGAAAAGAGACGUGUCCAUCAAGUUCAGCCUUCCUCACUUUUUUUUUGCUGUUGAUCCAAAAGCAGGCAAAAAAAAAACCAGUUUGAAGCACUUCAAUUUUGCAACAAAUCAGCAAGGAAAUUCCCUCUUGACCCCAGAAUGGCAGUCAGAUUUAUCCUUGGAUCAAGAAGCUAUUACCCUACAAAAAUUUAUAUCCUUGAAUAUUCUGUUUUUGCAAGUAUGCAUCUAGUUGAAGUUUGAACAUCUGUACGGACUCUGAUAAAACCACUUCUUCAGGCAGAGAAUUCCACAUCCUUAUUGUUCUUACGGUAAAAAAACCCCAAACUUUCCUUUGCCUUAGACUAAAUCUUCUUUCUUCCAGUCUAAACGUAUGACCUUGUGAAAAGCGUUUUCAAAAAUAUGAAAUUGAGGCCUAUAAUGGCAAUUGACGCCAUGGGAAAACAUUCAACACUUGGCUUUCAAUUACAUCUACAUAAUGUGAAAGGGUCUUGUCAUUAGUAGAGAUGUCGCGAACCGUCUGCGAACUUCUCGCGAACGGUUCGCCGCGAACUCCGGUCAGCUGACACAUCCCGGCCAAUCUCCGGCAGACCCUCCUACUUCCUGGGCAGCAUCCACGUUGAAGGCAGCUUCAACAUGGAUGCUGUCCAGGAGGUGGGAGGGUCUGCCGGAGAUUGGCCGGGAUGUGUCAGCUGACCGGAGGUCGCCGUGAACCGCGGCGAACCGUUCGCGAGAAGUUCGCGGACGGUUCGCGACAUCUCUAGUCAUUAGUGUGUAACACACUAUGGCUGCCUUUGCACAGAGUGCUACCAAAGCUUUCUAAUAUCAGAAAUACCUGAACGAUCUUAAGCAGCUAGCACAGGCUUGUGUUUGACUUUAUGGUGAUGUCGGAGGGGAAACCUCCCCUCCACCCCCUAAAAAAAAAAAACCUAGGUCAACAGACCAGGGCCCAAAAUCGUGACUGUAUCACUGAACAUAGGGUUAUUACAGGUAUUUUAUUCCCUUAUUAAAGCAAUGAAACUUGCUUAGAUUCAGCUAUUAUUCUACUGGGAAUAUUUAAGAUCCUGUAUCUAUAAAGACCAUUUUAGGUAACACAGCUGGCUUAAAGGGUCAGUUUAAGCAACAUAACCGCUACAGUGAGCUGUAGUGUUUAUGGUGCCCACAGUAAGUAGUCAAAGCAUUUUUGAAAGGUUUGACACUUACCUGGGACCCCCGUGCAUCUCCGUCUGGUCUUCUCUCCACAUAUAGGCAGAGUGGAUUACUCUUCCGUUUUUACAUGUAUCCAUUUUGUCCCUGUUUUGGAUGGCAUCGUUCAACGAAUUCCGUACAAGAUAUAUAAUAGUGAUGUCACGAAUGUGGAUUUAACUUCCAGAGCACUGUACAUUGCUUCACGUUAAUGUUUAUGAUAACGAGUAUACCACAUUGUAACAUGCUCUUUCGUUGAUGCAGAGGUUGAGAAUAUUUCUUAAGUAACAUGUCCUGGAAUGUAUUGUGCUUUACGAUAAUGAUUAGAGUAAGUGGUUUAUGAAAGCAGUAUGGUUUCAAAUGAACCUCUUUUAAUUGCCCAUAAUAUAUCCCUGAAAAUGUCACUAAGGGAAAUCACUGCUUGCGGAAGGGGUGACAAGGGUUGUGUGAACCCGGCCCCCUUAAUAUCGGCAUACACAAAAAAAAAAAAAAUUCCACGGUUUCAUCAGUGCCAAGUUUGUACCGUAAAAAUGAAGAUUUUUGCGUUAUUACUGAUAAAAUGAAGGUCACCGAAGGUCACUCAGCCCACCUACAAUAUCCAAAAUGCACCAAGCCAGACUAUUUGGUUAGCGCUGCGUUUGUGCCAUUAACAUUUUUAUUUGUGCUGCUUUGUGUUUUUUUUUAUUAAAACCCGCCAUUUAUUUCGACUCUGUGUAAAGUUGACAUCCCAUGUUUUUAAAAGGUGAAUAAAACCAAAAUGAAUGUUUAUGCCAGUUUGGUUUUGGAGAUUUAAACAUUCUAUUUGAUCAAACCUUGCCCACUUUGCAAUUAAUGUUAUGACAUUUUAAAAGAAAAUAUACCAUUUGUUCGUGCUGCAUUUUUAUAAAGAUUGUAUGUGCCAGUUUUGUUUUUGGACAUAUUGCACAUUAUAUAUGGUUAAACUCUGCCCACUUUUCAAUACACAUUAUAAAAUUCUUUUUUUUAAAUUAAAUCUAAAAACAAAUAUACCAUUUAGUUUGUGUGGUUUAAAAAAAAUAAAAUAUAUAUCAGAAUUUAUAUAUAUUCAGAAUUGCAGAUUUGUAGCCAAUCCAAUGUUUUCCCAUAGGGAAAGCAUUGGAGUGGCUAAAAUCGGCUUAGGGGUGGGGCCAAACACCAUUUUGGCCAAUCAGCACCUUCUCAUAGAGAUGCAUUGGAUCAAUGCAUCUUUGAGGAAAUCUCUGUGUCCCCAUGCAGAGCGUGGGGACGCUGAACGGCAGAGCUGCCUACUGUACGCACUGAGCCAGGAAGCCCCUCCAGUGGCCAUUUAAGGAGUGGCCACUUGGAGGCGUCCCUAGGGGCAAUGUAAACACUGCCUUUUCUCUGAAAAGGCAGUGUUUGCAUGAAAAUGCCUGCAUAUAAUGAUUAUAUUCACCAGAACAACUACAUUAAUUUGUAGUUGUUCUGGUGACUAUAGUGUCCCUUAAGUUAAUAAAAGCAGCACAAAUCUUAAUUUUUCCAGCACAAACGUCGGGGAUCGGCUUCACCCGGUUGACGAAGGCUGAUUAACCCCUUAAGACCGCAGGGCGUUCUAUGCCGUCCUUAUUUAGAUGGCUCUAAACGCCGCAGGGCGGCAUAGAACGCCCUGAGAUCUUUUGUACUUCCCCGGUCGCCGGCGAUCCCAUUCUGGCGAUCGCUUACCUGGGAGUUCCUUCUCUUCGGCCCCCCUGGGCCAUGUGAUCGCGAGGUCCUUGCGAGGACCACGCGAUCACAUGGACGGCAUAGCCGUCCAAGGCAUUGCCAGCAGGGGGACUGCCUGUAAUGACAAGUACUCCCCCUGCUCCCUGGAAAUAAAAUUAAAAGAUGUUAAAACAGUGUAAAAUUAAAUAAUAUAUACUUAGAUCAUAUAUUUAAUAUAUAUAUGGCCAGUGUUUCUGACCAAGUGGCUACUAAAAAAGACUGGACAUACUCCAUUUGCAAUACCUUGGGUUGUCUACUUUUGCAAAUGGUAUGCCAUCAUGGGGGUUAUUCUUAUUCCUGGGCUACCAUAUGGUCUCAAAGGCAACGUAACCAAUCUGGCGAAUUUCAAUGUGAAAAAACUGAAAUAUGUAACACACUACAUUUGACCUUGUAACUUCCCAAAACACCAUAAAACCUGUACAUAGGGGGUAUGGUUUUACACGUGAGACAUCGCUGAAUACAAAUAUGUGUAUGUUACUGCAGUAAAAGCAAACAGUAUUUUGACAUUCACAGUUAAAAUGUCACGUAGAACAAAAUUUUUUUUUUUUAAUUCUUAUUUUCUCCCAUUUUUAAAAAAUAUUUUUUUCACAUUAAAUUAUGUCCCAUACCUAAAUAUUUGAUGUUAAAUGAAAGCCCUGUUUCCCCUGAAUAAAAUGAUAUAUAAUAAGUGUGGGUGCAUUUAAUAUGAAAGAGGUGAAUUACGGUUGGACAGACAUACAGCGCAAAUGCCAGGUUUUGUUUACGUUUUGUUUUGAUCACAACUUGUACAUUUGGCUGCGGUCUUAAGGGGUUAACACAGUGUCAUAUUGUUUAAUUUCAUGCAGAGAAAUGCUCUUUGGUCUGUUGAUUAAAAUCUAGAUUGUUGUAACAGGUGGCUAUAUUUUUCUGCAAACCCAAGUUUGAAAUGCAGCCUGAAAACAGCCUAAUUAGCAUACAAAUACUAAUUCUAGCUGAAUUUACAUCGCUAUAUUAAAUAUUUGUUAAUUUUAAAAUCCCCAUAAUACACAGCAAAUGAAUGUUUAAUUAUGGGCAUUGUGGGUUUACUGUAGGUGGCCCUAUACUGCCCAACAGAGCAAAUAUCUUUGAGAAAGGAUGAGUCAAUCUGGUCAAAAUUCUGUUCUCUGACUCUGUGUUUUGUAAUGCCAUUUAUCAAGAUUGGGUGGGGGGGAGGGAUUUGUGUUUAUUGACAUACUUUUAUUUUGCAACAGACUAGACAGAGCCUUAGGCUGUGCAUUCCUCUCUUUGUGUUGUAUUUUAUUUCUUCCAUUGUCCUUUUUACAGAAAGAUCUUCUGAAACCCCAGAAAAAGUCAUUCAAGACAGAUUUCGAAGGCUUGGACGUUUUCCAGAAGCCUUCAGCUCUAUUCAUUACAAGGGGACGCGCACCUACAACCCACCCACGGAUUUCUCAGGGUUGCGUCGUGCUGUGGAGCAGCAACUGGAAACCAAUACCACCCGCUCCUCUCGGCAUCCUGGCGUCAUUUACAAAGCUCUAAAGGUAAAGAGAAAAUACAUGCAAAAAAUAUAUUCGACACGCUAUAGUCCCCAAAACCAUUUUUCGCUUAAUGGAGCAGUUUUGGUGUAUAGAUCAUGCUCGUGCAGUCUCACUGCAUUCUCUGCCAUAAGAAGUUUUUAUCUCCUUCUCUGUAAAUCGAACAGCACACCAGGCUAUUAACAGUGCAAUAGAUAAGAAAUUCUAAAUUAAACAGACUUUUCAAAUAAUGAAAGCCUAAGCAUUAAUUGUCUCUUUACAGGAAGUGUUUAUGGAAGGCUGUGCAAGUCACAUGCAGGGAGGUGUGGCUAGGGUUCAUAAACAAAGUGAUUUAACUCCUAAAUGGCAGAGAAUUGAGCAGUGAGUCUGCAGGGGGCAUGUUCUAUACACCAAAACUGCUUCAUUAAAGGACCACUCUAGUGCCAGGAAAACAUACUCGUUUUCCUGGCACUAUAGUGCCCUGAGGGUGCCCCCACCCUCAGGGUCACCCUCCCGCCCGGCUCUGGAAGGGGGAAAGGGGUUAAAACUUACCUUUUUCCAGCGCUGGGCGGGGAGCUCUCCUCCUCCGAUCCUCCUCCUCUCCGCCCAUUCGGCUGAAUGCGCAUGCGCGGCAAGAGCUGCGCGCGCAUUCAGCCGGUCACAUAGGAAAGCAUUAUCAAUGCUUUCCUAUGGACGCUUGCGUGCUCUCACUGUGAUUUUCAGUGAGAAGCACGCAAGCGCCUCUAGCGGCUGUCAAUGAGACAGCCGUAAGAGGCUUUGGGGGAAGGCUUAACCCAUUCAUAAACAUAGCAGUUUCUCUGAAACUGCUAUGUUUAUAAAAGAAUGGGUUAAGCCUAGCUGGACCUGGCACCCAGACCACUUCAUUAAGCUGACUGGUCUGGGUGCCUAGAGUGGUCCUUUAAGCUAAAACUGUUUUGAUGACUAUAUUGUCCCUUUAAUAUAUCUGGCACUGCUAAGCAAUAGGAAAAGAAAGACCUGAAACUCACCGGUAACCUUAAAGGACCACCAUAGGCACUCAGACCACUUCAGCUCAAUGAAGUGGUCUGGGUGCGAGGUUCAUCUAGUGUUAACCCUUCAGCUUUAAACAUAGCAGAACAGAGAAACUGCUAUGUUUACAAUAGGGUUAAUCCAGCCUCUAGUGGCAGUCUCACUGACAGCCGCUAGAGUCGCUUCCGCACUUCUCACUGUGAAAAUCAGUGAGAAGACGCUGACGUCCAUAGGAAAGCAUUGAGAAAUGCUUUCCUAUGGACUGUUUGAAUGCACGCGCGACUCUUGCCGCGCAUGCGCAUUCAAAGCUGACAUCGGGAGAGGGAGGAGAGGGGGGCCAUGAGGGUGGGGGGGACCUAAAGACCCUAUAGUGCCAGGAAAACGAGUUUGUUUUCCUGGCACAAUAGUGGUCCUUUAAAGUUGAAAGCAUUUGUUAGAACCAAUACUUUCACGACCUUUCCAUCACUGUUAUGUGUUGAUCAGAAAAGUACUGUUUUCAUUCUCUUUAAGAUCUACAGAAAAUGUAACUCUUGCACAAAGCAAGGAUAGCUGUAUUUAUCUCUCACGUCACCUGAAGGGCUUAAUAGAUUUUAGGAUUACUUGUGAGUUCAUCACCGUUAAUAUUUCACUGGACUAGUGGGGUAAUACAUGUUGCAACAUUGCUCUGCCCCUUGGCCCUUGUCUUAAAACUCAUUUAGUUAUUUUAGCUGCUCUAUUUUAUAAAGUACCUUUUUUGUAGUGGUAAAGUAGCAAGGAACCUGCAGAGAGAUUUAGCCUUUUGAAUCUGAGUAUCUAGUGUACUUUGUUAAGGUCUGAUCUAUGUGUAAUUACAUAUGGCUCACUCUUAAACAUAGAUUUAAAAAAAAAAAAAUGUUUUUAUUUAUUUUCAGGCUUUGAGUGACCGCUUUAGUGGAGAGAUUCCAGAUGACCAGAUGGCUCAUAGUUGUUUUUUUCCUGAUGAGUAUUUCACCUGCUCUGCUCUCUGCCUCAGCUGUGGGUAUGUGUUUAAUGCUUACUUAGACUUCAUUUGUGGGUAAUAUUUUUCUUACACAAUUUCCUUCUUUCACUAGAUCGAUAACAAAGACUUUGACUUCGAUUUGCUUUUAACUGUUGUGUUUUACUGCAUUUGCUUAUUAGAAAAAUGUAGUCUCCCCAACAUCUUGAACUGCAUUUUGCCAUAUAGAGAAAGGACUGUCUCCCAGUUCAUGAUUGCCAAUUUACAUAUAUGGUUUUAUUUUCAUAAUUCUAUGCUCCUGGGAGGUACAGAACAGUAAAGAACUUAACUGCGUCAUUAUGGCCAAGUGAAAUAACAAGCAAGGUAGUGUAUUAGUCUUCAGUUCAGUAGCAGUCAGGAGCUCCACAAUGGGCAAUAAGCAUCAAACCUAAACCUUCAUAUUGGGGACCUAUACUAUGGUCCACUGAGGUUUAUUUACUAUUAUUAAUGUUUGAAGAUUCACAUAGGACAGCAAUAAUUGAACAAAGCGGGGGGAAAGGGGGAGGAGUAAGAGAGUAAGAACUCGAGAGCAGACGGAAAAUUUCAAUUUAGUUUUAGUCCAUUCCAUUAUUAGUCGUAUUUUAGUCAACUGAAUUGUUUUAGUCGACUAAAUCUUCAGUAGAUUUUAGUUGACCAUACGGAAUGGGGGAACCGACACUAGGUGAUUAGGUAAGGAAAUGCACAGAUUGGGGAAUUUUAAAUUGCAUUUAGCGAAUUUUAGGUAUUGCAGAAAGAGUUGCCAAAAAUCCUUUAGCAGUUAGUGCAUGCCCUUAUGGGAUCAGAUUAUGGUAUCAACCAACAGUGCAGGCCUGAGUUCAACAAACCUCAAUUGUGCCAUUUGGAGAAAUGUAAAGAAACGUGAUUGGAAGGCCUUAAAAUUACGCUGCUGUCUGGAACACUACGAGAAGUGAUGUGUGCAGGCAGAUCAGAAACAGCCACCACUGGACAGACACUCACUCAUCUGUCAUCAAUUCCCAGCUUUCCUCUUAUUACAGGCACACAUCGUGAACCGAGCUGAGAUCACUAACUCUACCUUUUCUUAGUCUAGAAAUGUUGCAUGAUUUUUAUUUGUUUAUUUUUAUGGUGGAUAUAUGUAUAGUUGUGAAUGAUUUAAAAAAAUUUUUUUUUCUAUAUUUCCGUUUAUGUUUUGUCCAGUCUCCACAGUUUCAUUGUAUUCUUUUUGUUCUUUAGAGCAGGAUGCAAGAACAGCAUGAAUCACUCUAAGGAAGGACUUCCUCACGAGACAACGAGCCGUUGCAGGUACUCCCACCAGUAUGACAACCGAGUGUAUACCUGCAAGGUGAGCAACCUUUUAAUGUUGUUGUAAAUUUACAUUCCUGUUUGAUUUAUUCGUUUUUGAGAUACAUCUAGUAGCCUAAAACACCACAUUUAUUACUUUGCUGUGAUCAUUAUUGGGUUUUGUUUAUUUUUAUUGCAAUUUCGUCAGUGACAGUGGCUUAAUACAUUUUACAAUAGCAAAAAAAGUUACACCACGAACACCUAACAUCAGGCUGAAACCUACAUGUCUGAAAUCGUACCCCAAUGUCUGACAUCAACCGAUUGUAUUAUCUUAGAUGUGUAAUUUCAGUGUACAGUACAAUGUAUGUUGGUUUCAUAUAUUUUUUAUGAUAUACUGCCAGCUAAAGGCCUCCAUUUAAUAUUGUUGGAUAAACGUGUUACUAUUCAAAAAUAAAAAUAGUGUUCGAUAAACUUUAGAAAUUAUUUAAUAUUUUAAAAUAUACAUUUUGAAUUUUUUUUUUAUAUUUUUUGAAAUUUUGUAUAUAUAUUUUUUUAGAUUUUUAAUAUUUUGAAAAAACUAACAGGCUUUUAUCCCCCCCAAAUUAAAUCAUUUGAAACGCUUAUACUAACAUUUUUUAAAUGUAUUUAUUUAAAAUUUUCUUUUCUUUUAAUUUUUUUAAUUAUUAUUCCCAAGAAAAGAGCAAGUUUUUAAUCUCCAGUUUAAAAAUCAAUAGGUUAGAUGUGGACUUGGAUAAUAAAUAUAUAUAAUAUUUGGUCAGAAAUUUGUCAAUGAACCCGUGAGGUGGGUACCAUUUUAUGCAAGCUGACCUCCAUAAUGAUCUAUAAACCAAAUGAUGAGUCACAUAAAUAUCCCUAAUACACUUAAUAUUAUGUCAUUAGAUUAUGUGACAUUAAAGCGAAACUGUAAACCAUUGAAUAAAACAUUUGGACUCUCCUAUAAUAUGUGCUAACUCCUCCAUCCAAAGAUGCUUAAUUUUCUUUUAAAUAUUAAAUUUAAUAUUGGAUAAAUUGCAUAAUUAUCCAGUUCAGACAAGGCACAGCCAGGGCAAACCUUGCAAAGGAAAAAGAGAAAUUGAUUUUUUUUUAAUUUGUGUAUGCUGACAGCCAGGUGCAAAAGGUGGGCUUAUAAUGAUUGAGCAAAAAUGGAAGCGCCCAGUUGUAGGAUUGUAUAGUUGCAGUUGUAUUUUUUUUUUUUUUUCCAAGUACAAGGAUACGGUGUAUAUAAAUAUAAUUACUGAGAAGUGUCCAUUUCCUUUAAACUUCUUUCAGGCUUUUCCACAGAUGCAAACUUGUACAGUGGAUUGAUAUGAAGUUGUUUUUAUUUAUUUAUGAUGACGGCAGAGAGAGUUUAUGGUGUCUCUCUAUAGACGAGAGUAUAACUUGUGAUGGGUUCCAUUCUUGUGUGUUCUAAAGCCACUUCUUUUGCAGGCUUGUUAUGAAGGUGGGAAGGAGGUCAAUGUGGUUCCCAAAACAUCUGCUUCCACCGACUCGCCAUGGCUGGGUCUUGCCAAGUAUGCCUGGUCCGGGUGAGCGUUAUUUUUUUUAUUUUUAUUUUUUCACUUUGAUAUCCUUCAACUUUCCUUGUUUAGGAGGGAAAGUACCUGUGUCCAAAUCUUCCUGUACCUCCAUCAUUUCAUUCCCAAUUUUUGAGGAGCUCUAUUAUUUGUCGUUGAGCUCCACAAGAAUAUGAAAUUCUUAAUUAAACAGAAUGUGCAAUAAAGGAAGUGUAAACAUCAGAUGACUCUUUACAGGAACUGUUUAGGAAGGCUGUGUAAGUCACAUGCAGGGUGUGUUGUGCCUAGGGCUUCAUAAACAAAAGGAUUUAACUCCUAAAUGGCAGAGAAUUGAUUAGUGAAACUCCAGAAGGAUGAUCCAAACACCAAAGCUGCUUCAUUAAAGGGACACUCCAGGCACCCACACCACUUCUGCCCAUUGGAGUGGUCUGGGUGCCAACUCCCACUACUCUUAACCCUGCAAGUGUAAUUAUUGCAGUUUUUUAUAAACUGCAAUAAUUACCUUGCAGGGUUAACUCCACCUCUAGUGGUUGUCUACUAGACAGCCAAUAGAGGGCACUUCCUGGUUUCUAGCACUGUGCUAGAGCGUCGCUGGACGUCCUCACGCUGUGUGAGGACCUCCAGCGUCGCUCAUUUCCCCAUAGGAAAGCAUUGAAAUGCAUUUUCAAUGCUUUCCUAUGGGGAGCGCUAAUGUGCAGCAUUGCCGCACAUGCGCAUUAGGUCUCCCCGGCAUGUGGGCGGGAUCAGUCUGCCCACCGGCCGACGCAAUCAGAGGGAGGAGCGGCGUGGAGGAAGAAGCAGUGACGUUGGACAUCAUCGCUGCCUCAGGUAAGUCACUGAAGGGGUUUUCACCCCUUCAGCAGCCGGGGAUUGGGGGGUGUUUUUAAAUGGGCCGUAGAUUCGCAGCACCCCAUCUCUUUCAACACCAAUUAUAGCGACUAAACCGAUAACCACAUUCCCAUCUUACUAGUAUCCUACACAUUGGUUAUUAGCUACAGAAGAUGCAUGUUACAUUUCCUGGCUACUGUAAAAAUAAGGGAACAAAGAACCAUCAUUUAUUGUAACUAAAACGGUAAUUCUAGCUUCCUGCACUAGAAUGAGAUUCUAGACAUGCGCAUUAGGUCUCCCCGGCCGGUGGGCGGGAUCAGUCUGCCCACCGGCCGACGCAAUCAGAGGGAGGAGCGGUGCGGAGGAUAGAAGCAGUGACGUUGGACAUCAUCGCUGCCUCAGGUAAGUCACUGAAGGGGUUUUCACCCCUUCAGCAACCGAGGAUUGGGAGGUGGGAGGCAGAGGGGACCUGCAGUGCCAGGAAAACUGAUUGUUUUCCUGGCACUGGAGUUUCCCUUUAAGCUAAAGUUGUUUUGGUGAUUAUAGUGUCCCUUGAAAUGGUUAUUCAGUAUGUACAGCUGUACAUCCCACUCACAAGUAGCACUCACGAAGUUAACUUUUUCAUAAAUAAUUCAAUGAAAGUUCAUAUGUGCAGAGUAAGCACUCAUUCGGUGUACAACAAGGAUUCUCAAUCCCAAGUUGUACUGAAAAAAACACACCAGCUGAUGGAGCAUAUGUGGUGUAUGUGUUUCUCUCACACAUAUUAUAAAGACAAUAAGCUGGUGUUUCCCAUCUUACUAGUAUCCUACACAUUGGUUAUUAGCUACAGAAGAUGCAUGUUACAUUUCCUGAAAUAAAAACAGUAUCAGCGCUUAGUUAAUAUACCCCUAUUUUUUGUAUAUGGGUCAACAACAAAAAUAUAUUAAAUAAAUUAAAUAAAGAGUCCCAGUUUCAAUCUUCAUGGGGUGUUUUCAAAUGUCCGCAGGGAUUUGAUAGUUGUAACAGUAAUUGGUGUAAAAAGACUUUGUCUUUAUAUGUAUCCAACCUUAAAUCAAAAAGAUACUGACAUAGCGUGAUACAGUUACAAUACUUUAUUUCCCAUACGGUAAUCCCCCCAUAAGAGGAACUCUUACAAUUAAAAGUGGUGAAACUUAUUUCUAAGGUUCACAAUAAAAACGUAGAAAUGCAGAAUAUUGGCUGAUGAAUAUAAAGUUACGUGGAUGUUAUUUCCAGACCGGUCCUGUGCACUCAGAUCGAUCCUCACUGAGAAGCCAACUAGCCAAUCUUACUGCAAUCUCUCCAAAUUCAAAAAUCCCGCCAGAAACACGAUCUACGCGUUUCACUCAUUCAAAUGAGCUUUCUCAAGAUACAGUGCUCUGGGGGAUUAUGAUUACAUAUAUAUCUCUCUAGCAAUUAAAUAAUUAAAAAACAAGAAAUUCAUCUGGUACAUUAAUAUCUUCCAUUUAACUAUGUGUUCUCUGAUCCUCACUAUAUUUUCAGACUCAUAGCAGUGUAUCAUUAUUUCGUUUUGAUUGAUACAAAUAUACACAGUUUCUAAACAUCGUGAAUGGUUAAUCCUAACACACAAUCAGAAUCAACAUAUUCCUCUAUAAUUAGUGGAACAAUUAAGUUCCAGUGUUUCAUGCAUUAAAAAUGAAAAAUAAAGCAUUUUAUAUUUCAUCCUUUUUUUCUCAAUUAAGACAUAGUAAAAACGCUGGUGUUCUAAACAAAAUUCCAAAUAUAGUAAAUAAUAAAACACUCCUAUAAAUAUACAUAAUUGCAGCAUGAAUUAUAAAACUUAAAUUAACUUAUAAACAUCAUGAGUAAUUAGUUCUAUUAGACAAAUUAAACUCAAAUGCAUUCUCUAUAGUUUAUGUAACAGUUAGGUUCCCAUCUUUUAUACAGUUUGGAAAAAUGAUGAACAAUUCAUAUUUCUCUACUUUUUCAUCUAUUCAAACGUGAGAAAUAUCAGUCAUAAAUUAGUCUACCUUAAAUGAAUAAGUAGUUAAAUAUAUCAGGCUCUUUACAUCAGCCGAUCCUUUGUAUCUAACAGAGCAAUUAAGCUCCGAUCUUAGGUGAAAAAAAGACGAUCUAUUUUAUCUACAGUUCCUAUUUCACAUUACCUCUUGUUUCUAAAUGCUUUUAACAGCCAUAGGAGAUAACAGUUAAGAUAAUGCAGUCGUAAAAGAGAAAUGUUUAAAUCCCUUAAAGGCACAGACUUUCUUUCUAUUCAAUUUUAUCAGCCCGUGUAUUCUAAACUUUUUCACCAGGGAUAUCAUACAAAUUCCAGAAUCUAAUGAGAAUAAAUAACCAAAUGUCAAUAAAAACUUUUAGAAUAAAAAGAAAACUUAUAAAAAUAUAUAUAAUAUAUAUAUUAUGAAUCCUGUUAAAAAAUCUCAUUUCCAUUCUCUAUAUCAGGUCAUAAAAUAUGUGCUAUUUCAAAUUCAGCAUUAAGCCCAAAUGGAGUUAGGGUUUUUAAAGUAUAAAUCCAAAAAGUUUCUCUAUAUAUUAAACUUUUCACUAAAUCCCCUCCCCUCCAAGGGACUUUAAUUUUCUGGAUUCCACAAUAAGAUAGGGAUGCUGGGUUGCUGUUGUGGUAUAUCUUAAAAUGUUCUGACAAUGAAUGUUUUUCAAUAUUAUAAUUAUAUUAUUAAUUAUUAUUAUUAUUAUUAUUAUUAUUAUAAUAUUAACAGAAAAUUUGAAAAACAUUCAUUGUCAGAACAUUUUAAGAUAAAUUUAUGUUUUAUUAUUUACUAUAUUUGGAAUUUUGUUUAGAACACCAGCGUUUUUACUAUGUCUUAAUUGAGAAAAAAAAGGAUGAAAUAUAAAAUGCUUUAUUUUUCAUUUUUAAUGCAUGAAACACUGGAACUUAAUUGUUCCACUAAUUAUAGAGGAAUAUGUUGAUUCUGAUUGUGUGUUAGGAUUAACCAUUCACGAUGUUUAGAAACUGUGUAUAUUUGUAUCAAUCAAAACGAAAUAAUGAUACACUGCUAUGAGUCUGAAAAUAUAGUGAGGAUCAGAGAACACAUAGUUAAAUGGAAGAUAUUAAUGUACCAGAUGAAUUUCUUGUUUUUUAAUUAUUUAAUUGCUAGAGAGAUAUAUAUGUAAUCAUAAUCCCCCAGAGCACUGUAUCUUGAGAAAGCUCAUUUGAAUGAGUGAAACGCGUAGAUCGUGUUUCUGGCGGGAUUUUUGAAUUUGGAGAGAUUGCAGUAAGAUUGGCUAGUUGGCUUCUCAGUGAGGAUCGAUCUGAGUGCACAGGACCGGUCUGGAAAUAACAUCCAGCGGUAACUUUAUAUUCAUCAGCCAAUAUUCUGCAUUUCUACGUUUUUAUUGUGAACCUUAGAAAUAAGUUUCACCACUUUUAAUUGUAAGAGUUCCUCUUAUGGGGGGAUUACCGUAUGGGAAAUAAAGUAUUGUAACUGUAUCACGCUAUGUCAGUAUCUUUUUGAUUUAAGGUUGGAUACAUAUAAAGACAAAGUCUUUUUACACCAAUUACUGUUACAACUAUCAAAUCCCUGCGGACAUUUGAAAACACCCCAUGAAGAUUGAAACUGGGACUCUUUAUUUAAUUUAUUUAAUAUAUUUUUGUUGUUGACCCAUAUACAAAAAAUAGGGGUAUAUUAACUAAGCGCUGAUACUGUUUUUAUUUCAAUUUAUGUCACACAUGAUGUUUUAAAACUUGGGAAGGUUUUUAGUGUAUCCGGCAGCUUUGUAUUAACUUUUUCUUGUGGAUAAUCAUAAUUUGAAGCACCUGCUUAGAAAAUCCACUAUUUUAUUGAUAUACAUAUUCUUUUUUUGCGCUCUCUAUAAACCUGUUUUUUUCAUGUUACAUUUCCUGGCUACUGUAAAAAUAAGGGAACAAAGAACCAUCAUUUAUUGUAACUAAAACGGUACUUCUAGCUUCCUGCACUAGAAGUCAUAUGGGAAGCAAUGUAACUUUGGUAAUUCUAAAUAAAAUAUCAUUCCUAUAUAGCUAUAAACUUGCAACCCUACUGUAACAGUUCGACAAUGACUACCAAAUUAAACCAAAACUAACAAAGGUGCAACAAUAUCCCCUAGUGGAAAACAAAAAUAUAGAAAUCUUGUUAAAAACAAAUACACGUGAGUUCUUCUUUAACUCUUUUUAUAUAAUUCAUUGUAUAGAAAUCUUGUUAAAAACAAAUACACGUGAGUUCUUCUUUAACUCUUUUUAUAUAAUUCAUUGUUGCCUAAAAUGUCCUGGAUAGCCAUGCCUGCUGGUCACACUCCAGCCAUACCUCUAACAUGAAAUCUUCAUCUUUGGCCAUAUGAAAUGUGGAGAGGAGUGUACCUUGCUUACACGGUUCUUUUCAUAACCAUUUGGAUUUCCCCUGCCUUCUAGAUACGUGAUUGAAUGUCCUACUUGUGGAGUGGUUUAUCGCAGCAGACAGUACUGGUUUGGGAAUCAGGAUCCUGUGGACACUGUUGUACGUACGGAGAUACAGCACGUUUGGCCUGGAGUAAGUGUUUUGUAUGUCUUACCUAUCAUAAAUUAUCUGUAUAAUAACAGCCAUGAUUUGAUCAUGUCACGUCUCUCCUUAAAUAUUACUUUCAGUGUUCAUGUCAUAAUGUAGACAUUGUGUGGUAUAAUGUAGACCUCACCAUAUCCCCUCAAUAUUAUAAUUCUCAGGCUGAUGAUUUCCUCAAAGACAACAAUAAUGCGGCCCAACGUCUACUAGAUGGUAUGAAUUUCAUGGCACAGUCUGUAACAGAACUGAGCAUUGGACCCACCAAAGCUGUGACAUCUUGGUUGACUGACCAAAUUGCCCCUGCCUACUGGAAGCCAAAUUCUCAAAUACUGGUAAGGUAAAAACUGUGCUUAUGGAUAAAGAUUAAAAAUUGUUGGAAUAUGCUUAUGGCUCUUGUUUUCAACUAUUAUCAGUAGCAGUUUAAAGCAGGACUACCACGUCCUAGGAUUUUUUUUAAAGGGACACUAUAUAAUCUCUAAAACAACUUUAGCUUAUUGAAGCAGUUUUGUGUAUAGCUCAUUUCCCUGCAGGGUCACUGCUCAACUCACUGCCAUUUAGGAGUUAAAUCACUUUAUUUAUGCACCCUAGUCACACCUCCGUGCACGUGACUUGCACAGCCUUCCUUAACACUUCCUGUAAAGAGUCCGCUAAUGUUUAUACUUCCUUCAUUGCAAAUUCUAUUUAAUUUAAAAUGUAUUAUCCCCUGCACUGUUGAUAGCUUGCUAGACCCUACGGAAGCAUUCUGUAUAUAAUUAAAGUUCACUUUAGAGAGCAGGCAGUAAGAACUUUUAAAGUAAGUUAUAUCUAAUUGAAAGUAAAAACAUUUUUUUUUUUUUUUUCAUGCAUGGAGUGUGAGUCGCAGCCAGGGGAGGUGUGGCUAGGGCUGCAUGGACAGAAACAAAAGGGAUUUAACUCCUAAAUUGCAGAGAUUUGAGCAGUGAGACUGCAGGAUCAUGAUAUAUACAGUAAAACUGCUUCCUGAAGCUGAAGUUGUUUUGUUGACUAUAGUGUCCCUUUAAUGCUUAGUGUCCUAUAGACUGUAAGCUCGUUUGAGCAGGGCUCUCUUCAACCGAUCGUUCCUGUAAGUUUUCUUGUAAUUGUCCUAUUUAUAGUUGAAUCUCCCCUCUAAUAAUAUUGUAAAGCGCUACGCAAUCUGUUGGUGCUAAAUAAAUGGCAAUAAUAAUAAUGUUUACUUAUCAUAUAUACAUUUAACAAAUGUGUUUAAACACAUACCUCCACAAUGCAGAUUUUUACAGAUUUUUCCAUUUACUCUUCCUUUGAAGCCAUUUUGAAUGCAUUUAAUUUCAGUUUAAUGUCAAUCACUUUUAUAGGCUCUGCCCUUUUAUGCCAGUGCAGAGGACAAACCCCCCCCCUCCUCCCCCAGCAUUUGAACCUGUCAGUCAGCAUAGAAACCUUCCUUCAUUCUGCUUUAAAUAAGAGUUAAUUAAUGGCCAAAAGGGGAAAUUGUCAGUUAAAUGAACCCUCCACUGUCCAAAGUGGAGCAAAAAUAAAAAACUAUUUAGGAGACAGAUAUACUCCUAACAAAUAAAUGCAUGAUUUGUUUUCAUUGGGAGUAUAUAUUAAAAGUGAUUGAACUUAAUAAGCCUUCCCCUUUUUUUUUCACGGAAAAGACUUUCGGUCUCUUCACAGGGAUAUAACCAUUAAUCAUUGAGAAGCUUUGAAUUCGAACCCAUGUGAAAGUGCAGCGACUUGCACACGUGCGCGCACUGUUACCUCCGGCUCAUGCACAUCUGGUCUAAGAUCUGUAUGGGAGGAGACUGGAAUGUUCAAAUAGAGCAUGCCUGCUACUUCUGUUCGCUUAGGGGAGCUAAUGGAAGGAGGUUGCAUACCUCCAUGGUUGUUUGACAGCCAGUAUAGCGUUCCCUAGUUAAUUUAUAAAAGUGCUGAUUUCUCAUAGAAAUUGUCACUCUUCUAAACUGGGAUUAAACUACAAUACUCCUCACCCAUGAUGCACUUCAGCAAGCUGAAGUGCUUUUGAGUUGUGGAGUGGUUCUCCAAGGAGAAGAAAGUUUUCAGUGGAGUAUCGCUAUAUUUUUAAAAAUUAAUUUUAAAUUAAUUUAUUUUUUUUCUUUACACAUAUCUCUUUGAAUAUGGAAAAAAACAAACAUUAUUACCGGCAGAUUUAUAAAUUUAUCGUUAUUUUUGAUGAAUAAAGAACUAUUCUUGCAGAUAGUGAUUUACUCCAUUUUGUUUUCCGGUAGGUAUGUACGAAGUGCACGGUUCCCUUUAAGGAGAAUGAUACUAAGCACCAUUGCCGGGCCUGUGGGGAGGGAUUCUGUGACGGCUGCUCAUCCAAAAGUCGUCCGGUUCCUGAGAGAGGCUGGGGGCUUUCACCAGUACGUGUGUGUGACAGCUGCUAUGAUCGGAGAGGAAGUCAGAUAGGUGAGAACUGAUUAUUUUUUUUAAAUGUCUUUGGUUUAUAUACUAUUGUAAGAUUGUGACUUGGAAUGUGUGCCAUUGGUGUGUGAUUGCUGUGUUGACAGGCUAACCACCAAUGGCACAGUAUUCAAUAAUGCAUUGCACAAUACUCAUCUGAAUUGGACUUUCUACCCCUACAUUUGUAGACAACCUUUGCCUACAUAAACUAGUACUAGUGUGGCACUUGGUAAAUAUUAUAAUUAAUCUUAUGGAGGAACUAAGUUUUCAUAGCACUUUUUAAAAAAAUGUUUUAAAGGAUGCUGUAGUAUAUGCUAAGCAGAUCGCAGUUACUUAUAAUCAAACAACCAUACUAGUAAUGCUUAUGCGUAGUUGAGACUUCUUGCCUAAUAUUAGGAACAUACUAUUAAACACAGAAUUAGUGUAUUAGGAAAAUAAUUCCACUGAUUACCACCCAAAAUGAAAACCUAAAGCACAGAAAACAUAUCCUAAAACGUUUGUUCCAAGUGAGCCUAGAGGCCAUAAGAAGCAUGGUACCCGGGCCCUCAUGCCAGUAUAGUGCUCAGCCUACGCUUCCUAUCCAGAAGGUUUUUGGUGCACCAGGCACACAGUGUGUUGCUCCAGGCUCUGACACAGUCCAGCACAUGUUCCUUACGGGAUCUGCCCACAGAUUGCCUGCUUCCACGCUCAGCUGUUGCUUCCCGAACAUGUGAACUGUGUCUAGGAUUCGUCCCCUGAUGGAUUGAGAUCCAGGUGAGUGUUGGCUUGUCUCCAGGCCACUUCUCUUUAGUCAAGGCCCUCUCCCCUUCUUUCUCCUCCUCUUCGCUUUCGGUGCUGCUGCAGUGCGGACCAUGACAGGUCCCCACUUAGGAACUCUCACAGCAAGCGCUUGCCAAGGACAAUCUGUCACUGCCGAGGGCCUGGGUUGCCAGUGCUGCUACGGUGGUCAUCUGUUGUGCAGUGCUGCAGAGUUUACAGCCCAACAACACUGUUCGCUGCGUCUCUGAGCUGGGAACAGCUGAGCUCUUCGGUGGGGACCUGGAUAUCCCCCAGCGGUCCAAAGGGGCGUGGGGGAGGAGAACAGGGCCCAGGAACAAACUGAUCAGUGGUAGUUGAAGGGGCGGCCGUCCCCUCUGGCUAAUAUGCAGUUGUAAGCCACUUAGGCUUACAGUAGCAGCUGCAAGGAGUUAGGCCACCCAGAGUUGGUCAGUUCGCAGGGAUAGCUUAUAGAAACGUAAAAAGCUGAUUUGCUGCCGUUAAAUCGGGUUAGAUACCCUUGAAAUUGCUUAGAAUUCAAAUUCUGUCGAAGCCCCAGUUUCAUGCGGCUGCCUCAGUCGGCUGUAAGGUCCCGCCCCCAUGGAGGAACUAAUUUAAGGUAGUACUGCAUUCUUUUAGGACCCUGUGGCUGUCAGUUUAUACUGAACUGGAUCUUUACUUGAAUUGGGGCAAAAUUCGGUUACUGAAAUAGGCUAUAAACUCAAACAAUCUCCUAUAUGCUAUUCCCUCAUUCCAUUUAGUACUCCCUAUAACACAUCUUGUCUAACAAGCAAUCAGGGGAAUCUGCUAUAUUUUUGCAAGUUAGCAUGCGCAAUAGUUUAGAAGACACUCAUAUUUUAGAGGUCAGGUGGGGAAACUAACACCAAGAUUUACCAACAGGAGCUGCCUUGUUUCAUUUCUAUAAAGUCACUGCCAGUGUCUGUCUGUGAAUCCAAUUCUACAACUUAUAGGGGCGCCUUAAGUCUUAUAAUCACUCCAUCUUAUCGUGGUUAUGGGUUGAGGAAGAACCAGGGCACACAAAGCCUUAACAAGAGUGAGCUGUAGUGGUUAUGUUGCCAAGAUUCCUUCUAAAAUAAUAUUUAAAAAAAUAAAUAAAACUUCACAGGGCUUAAACAUGAAUAUUAUACGGUGUAAAAAGUAAAACCCAACUACAAAAACUUUCUUUUUUCUUUAGUUGCUGUGGACUCUGUUGACGAUGAAGAAGGUGGUACGUUAAUUGCCAGGAAGGUUGGAGAGGCCGUUCAGAAUACAUUGGGUGCAGUGGCGACAGCCAUUGACAUUCCUCUCGGUAAGAUCUCCCUGGGUUGACUGGUUAUUAGUCUGUCUAUAAACGUAUUUGUAUCCUAUAUAUUAUGGUGCAGCGGGCUAAAUGGCACUGUAACAAUACCAGUCCUCAUGGCCCACCGACAGUCUAGGUUUUGGAAACUACAUAAAUCCUGAAUUGUUGGUUUGGGACCCAGUGUCAUAGCCUACAAUUACCACAUACAGUGGACCUGAUUUGCAUUAUGACUUUUCUUGCCCUGUUUUCCUCUUGAUUAAUAUUCAUGGCUAUUGACCACUAAAAUAGUGAUAGCUUGGUAUUUCACAAGCCACUUCAUAGAAUGAGACCGUGUUGACAGUGUGUGACAUGGUGCACAGAUAGAUCACCUGGUGUCAAACAUUGACAGCGUGGGAGCGCAGUGCAUCGGGGCGGAUACAUUCAUGGAAUUUAUGGAAAAUACAUAGGUGAAGGUUGGCACAUCAGGUCCUAACAAGAUAGGACCUGUCAUAAUUUCAUAUAAAUGAAAGUAAUUUCUAACGGUAGUCCUGAAAGGGGGGGAAAAAAAUACCCCUCUAAAUAAUUUGCUCUCUUGGCAGGACUUAUGAAAGAUGCUGCAAGACCUGCGUACUGGAUCCCUGACCAUGAAAUAACUCACUGCUACAACUGCAAGAAAGAAUUUAAUAUCAAGCUAUCCAAACACCACUGCCGGGCAUGCGGACAGGGUUUCUGCGACGAAUGUUCAAGUGACAGACGACCAGUCCCAUCCCGGGGCUGGGAUCAUCCUGUGCGUGUCUGCAUUAAUUGCAAUAAAAAACCUGGUGACCUUUAA